GCGGAGACUUUGAUUGGUUCGGAGGCGUUUUGUGGGCUGGCCUAUAGUUUCGGUUAGCUGGGUGAGCGUGAAACCGCGUGAGAAAGUUGCCAUUGAGGUAAAGCAGAGCAAGACCGUGAACAGUUCCCGCCGCUGUGGGAGUUGUUGUUAUCAAAAUCAACGAUAUAUUUCCUCGUUUUUUAUUUUUUGUCUUAAAAACGAGAAAUCUAUUUUGGAGGCAAGGCUUGCUUCCACACUGAUCGAGGAAGUAAAUAUUUCUGUAUUUGUUGACCGUUCAACCGCCAGCCAGCGACUGCGGCGAGUCAAGUGGGAACUCUUCUCUGCAAUUAACUUGUGUGGAUUUGUUUCUGAUGCUCUGACUGAGCGCCGGCAGUUUGCGGCUGUCUGUUGAGGAUCUACGGGGUUGAUUUUAUCUUGUUUGUUUGUUUGGUCGGCCCUCCGUACUCGGAAUACAUCAGUUCGCACACAAAACAAACGCCGGAGUGGCGAAGGUGGCUCCAGCCCUAUUUUUUUUUUUCAUUUCUCACCUGGCUCUCCUGCCCUUCUCUUCCCUCCCCCUUCAGCUGCUUUCAACUAAUGAGCCGUUUCCCGUGUUUUUCCGGUUGAUUUACGGUCGCGCUGCCUGUGGAGCGGAGGACAGACGACCGAGAGACAGGGAGAAGCGGAAAUUCACGUUAAACGGUCGGUGAACCCAGACGAAGCGGACAAGCGGUGCUUUUUUGUAAUUAACGACCGGGGGUCCUAAUAACAACGGCGGAUGGAUUCCUCUCCGUGAUUGGGAGCUUCCCACAACCUUACUUUUCAUCCCCAUUUGAUCCCACUUUGACGGGGUUUUAAGAAAGAAACGGUUUCAUCCUCCCGGAGAUAACAAUGUUUCCCCAGGGGCGACACCCGCCGCCCCACCAGGCUCCAGGCCAGCCCUUCAAGUUCACCAUCCCAGAGUCACUGGACCGCAUCAAGGAGGAGUUUCAGUUUCUUCAGGCACAGUACCACAGUCUCAAACUGGAGUGUGAGAAGCUGGCCAGUGAAAAAACAGAGAUGCAGAGGCACUACGUCAUGUACUAUGAGAUGUCGUAUGGCCUCAACAUUGAAAUGCACAAACAGACUGAGAUUGCCAAGAGACUAAACACCAUCUGUGCACAAGUCAUUCCCUUCCUCUCACAGGAGCAUCAGCAGCAGGUGGUUCAGGCUGUGGAGCGAGCCAAACAGGUGACCAUGGCAGAGCUCAAUGCUGUCAUCGGGGUACGUGGACUGCCCGGUCUUCCACCUACACAGCAGCACUUGUCCCAUAACCAUGGUGGUGCUCCUGUGCCCCUCACUCCUCACCCUGCAGGCCUCCAUCCUUCUCAGCUGGGUGGUUCAGCUAGUCUUCUGGCUCUGUCAGGAGCACUCGGAGCUGUUCCUCCUCAUCUGGCAGGAAAAGAGAGUGGUGAGAAAAAACCUCACAUGUCUGGACAAGACUCUCACCCUGCAGGACCUGAACACCUGAGAGAGCGAGAGCCCAGCACAAGUAACUCAUUGCUGCCAGAAAGUCUUAGGAAUUCAGAUAAGCGACGCAACGGACCUGACUUCUCAAAUGACACCAAAAAGCGAAAGGUGGAUGACAAGGACUCAAGUCACUAUGAUAGUGACGCAGAGAAAAGUGAUGACAAUUUGGUGGUGGAUGUCUCAAAUGAGGAUCCAGCCUCCCCUCGUGGCACACCUCUUCCUUCUCCUAGAGAAAAUGGUUUGGAUAAAGCGCGUCUUCUCAAGAAAGACCCCUGUAGUCCAGCCUCUACUGCAUCAUCAGCCAGCUCCUCCUCCUUAAAGUCUAAAGAGAUGGCAAUGCGAGAUAAGGCAGGUACACCUGGGCUGAAGUCAAGCACACCCACGCCUAGAGGUGACUCCACCCCCGGGCCCAGCUCCACACCUGGAAUCCGACCAAAUCUUUCAAAACCCCCCUCAAUGGAAAUACAACAUCCACCUACUGCAGGUUUGCGAACUCCCCUGGCUGUACCAGGUCCAUAUCCAGGUGCAUUUGGCAUGUUGCCCCACACAGCAGGAAUGAACGGGGAGCUAGCUGGUGCAGCUGGAGCUGCAGCCUAUGCUGCUGGGCUGCACAACAUGUCACCUCAGAUGAGUGCUGCAGCGGCAGCUGCAGUGGCCGCAUACGGGCGGUCACCAAUGGUUGGUUUUGAUCCUCAUCCUCACAUGCGAGUUCCUGGAAUGCCUCCUAGUCUGACAGGAAUCCCUGGUGGCAAACCUGCUUAUUCAUUUCAUGUCGCGGCCGACGGACAGAUGCAGCCAGUUCCAUUUCCUCCAGAUGCUUUGGUGGGGCCUGGGAUCCCUCGCCAUGCCCGUCAGAUCAACACACUGAACCACGGAGAGGUGGUGUGUGCCGUUACCAUCAGUAACCCCACCCGACAUGUGUACACAGGAGGAAAGGGCUGUGUCAAGGUGUGGGACAUUAGUCACCCAGGAAACAAGAGUCCUGUGUCCCAGCUAGACUGUCUGAACCGAGACAACUACAUCCGGUCUUGCCGUCUUCUCCCUGAUGGUCGGACGCUUAUUGUGGGAGGCGAGGCAAGCACGUUGUCAAUCUGGGAUUUGGCCACGCCUACUCCCAGGAUUAAAGCAGAGUUAACAUCAUCAGCACCAGCAUGCUACGCUCUGGCAAUUAGCCCUGACUCCAAAGUUUGCUUUUCUUGCUGCAGCGAUGGAAACAUCGCAGUCUGGGACUUGCACAACCAGACACUCGUUAGGCAGUUCCAGGGCCACACAGAUGGAGCCAGCUGUAUCGACAUCUCCAAUGAUGGCACCAAGCUGUGGACCGGAGGCUUGGAUAACACAGUCCGCUCCUGGGAUCUGAGGGAGGGACGGCAGCUGCAGCAGCAUGACUUUACAUCACAGAUCUUCUCGCUCGGCUACUGUCCGACAGGAGAAUGGCUCGCUGUUGGAAUGGAGAGUAGCAACGUUGAGGUCCUUCAUGUAACCAAACCGGAUAAAUACCAGCUUCAUCUACAUGAGAGCUGUGUGCUCUCCCUGCAGUUUGCCUACUGUGGCAAAUGGUUUGUGAGCACAGGAAAGGACAACUUACUGAAUGCAUGGAGGACACCUUAUGGGGCGAGCAUAUUCCAGUCUAAAGAAUCAUCCUCGGUACUAAGCUGUGACAUAUCUGUGGAUGACAAGUACAUUGUUACUGGUUCAGGGGACAAGAAGGCCACUGUUUAUGAGGUCAUCUACUAAAUAUAUGGAAAGAAAGCUGGGACAUUUCUUCUUUUUCCAAUAUGCUCUGUGUUUCUAGAAACACACCACAGAUAAGGUGGACCUUGAUGGCACAUUCUUUAUUCUGUUAGAAACCUUCAGAGAAACACAUUAAGGAGACCCAUGUUGUAUAUGCACUGAUCUGUUGUGCCUGUGUACAUGACUCCAACUCAGCUGGGAAUAAACUGGAGCAAGUGGAUGAUAAUGGAAGCACAGGAAAUAUUCAGAUAUCUGCUUACUGCUGGGGGCUAACCUGGGAUCAUUUACACGAAUCAGAGAAGGACCAAAGGGGACUCUGAAUCGAGCACUUCAGACAACACUGCUGAACAUCAGAUAUUGAAACACACUAAAUGUCAGCACAACUGCAUUUGGACAACCUCUCAGGCCUGCGGGGUGACUGUGUAAAAAAAAAAAAAAAAAAAAAAA